UUUUGUCUUGAGCGGUUGUUUGUUAUUCACAUGUGCCACAGCUAUCUGGAGUUAUUAUUUACCAUUAUCAUCCUAUAUGUAUAACUAUUUCACUUCCAUACCGGCGGGUAUUUAGGUUUUUACCAUGCAGAAAUCGAAGAAAGAAUCCAAGAGCGAGCCACAACGGCAAUUUAAACUAUCUCACCAAACCUUAUGCAUCACAGCGAUUAACUUUGAAACUCAAUCUCUCAUUGGUUAUGUUGAACUGACCCUCCAUCCCCUGAAGCCUGAUCUCUAUUGUGUUAAACUCAACAGUUCACAGAGUAAAAUCUAUCGUAUCUGCAUUGAUGAGCAGUGGGAUGCUACAUUCUUUUAUAAUGACCCAACAUUGGAGAUAUGUCAAGGUGACAUCAAACAAAGAAAUUUGGAAUUUUUCCAACGAUACCAUUUGUCUGUGAUGAAUUCCAUUGACCCAGACACAGGAAAUGGUGAAGUACUUAUCAAGUUGCCACCAGAAGCUCUGAAUUUAGUCCAAGAGCUGAAACCUAUUCGAAUUUGUAUAGAAUUUUCCAUAGAAAAACCAGAUGCUGGUAUCCAUUUUGUGGUUCCAGAUAUGGAAGGAAAUUUGGGUGAAAAAGCAGCUCACAUGUUUACAUAUGGUACUGAGAAUUCUUCAAGAUUGUGGUUCCCCUGCAUUGAUAGCUAUAGUGAACCAUGCACUUGGAAACUGGAAUUCACUGUUGAUCGCCUUCUAACUGCCGUGUCUUGCGGAGACUUAAUAGAAAUUGUGGCUACAAGUGAUCGCAAGAACAAAACUUUUCAUUAUUUCUUGUCAACACCUACCUCUGCCCCAAAUAUAGCCCUGGCCAUAGGACCUUUUGAAAUUCUAGUUGAUCCCAAUAUGCAUGAAGUUACCCACUUUUGUCUUCCACAUUUACGUACCAUUAUGAAGAACACAACAGCCUUUAUUCACGAAGCUUUUGAAUUUUUUGAAGAAUUGAUGUCUAGUAGAUUCCCAUAUUCAUGCUACAAACAAGUCUUUGUGGAUGAAUCUUUUAUGGAAUGCUGUCCUUAUGCCACCAUGACAAUAUUUAGUACAUCACUUCUCCAUUCCUCUCGUGUCAUUGACCAAACUCUGAUAUCUCGUCACCUCAUGGCAUUUGCUGUGGCACAACAGUUCUUCGGUAACUUCAUAACUAUGCAAUCAUGGACUGAUGCUUGGCUCACCAAAGGCAUAGCAGGUUAUCUAACUGGACUGUUUGUUAAAAGAUCUUUUGGAAACAAUGAAUAUCGCUAUUUUAUCUCAAAGGAAAUGAAAGAAGUUGCGGACUAUGAGAAGAAUUGUGCCAUUGUUUUAGAUCCUUCUGCUUUAAAAGAACCAAGUUCAUUACAUUUUUCAGUGAAAAAUCCUCACCUUAUAUCCCCUAAAUAUGCAGAUAUAUUCUUUAAAAAAGCUCAUUUAGUGAUUAGAAUCUUGGAAAUUAGAAUUGGCUAUGAAUUAUUGCUUCAGGUUUUUAACAAAUUACUUGCUCUUGCAUUUACGGCAUCUCAACAGAAAUAUGGAUCAAAUACCUGGUGUAAUGUACUAUUAUCUACAAAUUCUGUAAUACUGUAUAGUGUUACAUCCAGUGGUCCUUAAUUCGUCGUCAGAUGUCAGAGUGGCUGUGCACGCUUCAUGGGGAAUUUUGUGUUCAACCGCAAAAGGAAUGUAGUUGAGCUUGAAAUCAAACAAGAUUAUACAGCUAAAGGAUCCUUGAAAUAUGUGGGUCCUCUCACUGUGAUUAUUCAAGAACUAGACGGCUCUUUCAGUCACAAUUUCAAAAUUGAGGAAAACAAAACUAAAUUUGAGAUUACCUGCCAUUCCAAAAGCCGGCGAAACAAAAAGAAGAAGAUUCCGUUGAUGACAGGAGAAGAAGUAGACAUGGAUCUCAGUGCUAUGGAUGCUGAUUCUCCUGUUUUGUGGUUACGUGUGGACCCCGACAUGACGCUGCUAAGACAAGUUGCUUGGGAACAGCCUGACUACAUGUGGCAAUAUCAGCUGAAAUAUGAACGUGAUGUAGUUGCACAGUGUGAAGCUAUCGCUGCUCUAGUUGCCUACUCAACACCUGCAACCCGGAUGGCUUUAACUGAUACCCUUGAGAAUGAACAGUGUUUUUGUAAGGUUAGAAUGGAAGCAUGCUUCUGCCUUGCCAAAGUUGCUAAUGCCAUGGUGUCAAGCUGGGCCGGACCUCCAGCCAUGAUGACAAUCUUCAGAAAGAUGUUUGGGUCCUAUUCGUGUCCAAUGAUCAUUCGACAGAACAACUUCUCUAAUUUUCAGCAAUAUUUUUUACUCAAAACGAUUCCCUGUGCAAUGGCUCGCUUACGUAACAUUCACAAUAUUUGCCCCAAUGAUGUACUGAAAUUUCUUCUUGACCUCUUCAAAUAUAACGAUAAUUCUAAAAACAAAUAUUCUGACAACUACUACCGUGCUGCGUUAAUUGAUGCACUUGCUGCUACUGUAACACCAGCUGUUGCUGCUGUCAGUCUUCUCAACACUGGAAUUACUCUAGACAGUCUGUCAGCUGACAUAAAGCUAAUACUUGAAGAAAUCACACGUUACAUGAAUCUUGAAAAACUGCUGCCUUGUUAUCGACACACAGUUGCAGUCAGCUGUAUUCGUGCAAUUCGUGUGUUGCAAAAAAACGGUCACCUCCCCAGUGAUCCACAGAUAUUUGAGAGUUAUUCAAAAUAUGGCAUUUACAGAGACACACGACUGGCAGCUUUUGAAGCUUUGGUCGACUAUAUUAGUGCUGAUGUCAAUGCUGAUAAACUAAACUGGUUGAUCAACUUAAUGCAAACUGAUCCUGAUAUAUAUGUCAGGCACAAAAUAAUGGAAAUGCUUGUUAAAAAGCCACCAUUUCUUAAAGGAGACUCAAGUCCAUUGAAUACGGAAGAACUCGUAGAUAGUUUAUGGAAACUGAUGACGACUGGCACUCCACAUGACAGUCGUCUCCGAUGCGGUAUCGCUGAUCUCUAUUACUGUCUCUACGGUCGCGCUCGCCCUGCUAAAUUGCCCACCCCUGAGAGCAAAGAUAAGAAACCUGUACUGCCUGGCAUAGAGGCACCAGUCCCGCAACAACCACCAACAGCAGCAGCACCACCACCACCACCACCACCAACAGCAGCAGCAGCAGUAGCGGCUGUGGCAGCAGCACCCCUACCAGUAUCAUUGUUAUCUUCAUCAUCGUUGCUGCCAAUGUCAUUACCAUCAUCCCUGGGACCCAGCGCCCCUCCGCCAGUUCUUAGUGCAGGAACAGCUAAUACCAUAGCCACCACAACCAUCACCACCACCACCACCACCACCACCACCGCCAUCACCGCCGCCACCACCACCACCACCACCACAACUACCACCACAGAUACUAGUGUUACUGCUCUACCACCUGUAACGGUAGUACACCCACCUCUUCAAGGCCCACCAACUACUGAUGAUGUGAAACCAUCCAUUCCGCAAUCUCCUUCAACAGGCUUUGACAUGUCUCAGCCAAACAUGGAACUCAAUCCGAUUAAAAAGGAACUCCUUGAACCGGUUGUAAUAAAGACAGAAGCAGAAAUAUUACCAGUGCAGACACUACCACCUCCGACUCCACUACCACUGCCACCACCAACACCACCGACACCUACACCAACACUAGCACCAACACCAGCACCAGCACCAAUAACUACUGCAAUACCAACAACAACAACAACCCCAAUGACAGGAGUUGUCAUCGGAGAGGAGAAGAAAGACACGUUCGAAACUAAAGCACCUCUGACAACGACAUCUGUUGCAGCAGCAGCAGCUGCAGCGGUCUCCGCUGCGGUUGCCGCUGCAGCAGCUGAAGCAGCCGCUGCUGCUGCUGCCAACGCUGGCAGCACAUCCGCUGCAUCAACAACUCUGGGAACCCCUUCAAAAUCUGGCGUUGUUGCCCCGCCGCUUCAGUCCCCCGUUCAGCCUGGAGCAAUGGAACAGGCUCGGGGUAUUAAAAGGAAAGAAGAAUCGAGUCUGUGUCUGGAUCCCAAGUUCGGUUAUGGACCGUUACUCGACCCCCUGCUGCCUGAUCAUAUGCAGACGGAUGACUCCAAGUUCAAAUUGAAGAUUAAGCAAAAGAAACUAGAAGAAGAAGAAGAUUUCAUUGCCCCUCGUCCACAGAUGUCCUCAAUGCCUCUGGAGCGUUCUAGUUUAGAGCUGCCCCUCUCAUACGCUGACAUCCCCAGCAACCUCAGUGAAGAUUCUAGCUCUCCCUCAUCAUCAACCCAUACACUUCCAGGUAAGAUCGUUUUUAUGACAAAGUAUAAAAGAUUCGGUGGGUUGAAGUUGAUGUCUCAGUCGUCUCUGGACUUCUCAAGGCUUGGCUCCAGUGAGGAAAGUUCCGGUAAAUUACACAAGACCAAAAAGAAGAAGAAGAAAAACAAGCACAAGCACAAACACAGGCACAAAGACAGCCGCCCAGAAAGAUCCGACUCUUUCUCUUCUCGCGACAAAGACCGAUCCGACAGGUCACAUUAUAAUUCCCCUGGCAGCAACUCACCUGGAACACAGCCCGCAAGCUCUCCAGAGUUCCAAGUGAUCUGAGAACAAGCUUUUUACCAAAACUGAACCUGAAACUAACUUUAUCCCCAGACAAGGAACAGAUUCUAAUAAACACUGAAUUCAAAACCUACCUUGGGUGAAGGUCACCUUUUUUCUGUCUUGUCUUACAGCAACCCUUUUAGGUUGAGCACUUAAGUCACCUAUAAUUCACCCUUCACCUAUCUCCUCUGAAACACGUAUCCUUGUGUCAAUGUGAGAAAGCAUUCGUAUUGUUACUUAAUCAAACACAUUAGUAUUAUUAAUUAAUUAUCAUUGAAUGUGGUGGAUUGGUGAUGUAAGUUGUGUGUCGAAUGAAAUGAUUGGUAGUGUAUUUGUUUUGCAUUGCUUUACAAGCUGGGUUCAGAUUCUACCGAUGUCGACUUUGCUUUAACACUUUCAAGAGGUCAAUCAAGAAAGUGCUUCCCAAGGCUAGGUUGGCCGACAUAAUCAACUGUAACCCUUCCCUCAAAACAUCUGUUCCUUUGUGGCAAAUUUAGAAAUUUGUAUUUACUACUACUACUACCACCAUUACUAUUACUACUACUACUACUACUACUACUACUACUUAGGUAGCAAGCUGGUAGGAUUUCUAGCAUGCUGGACAAAGUGCUUAGUGGCAUUUCGUCUGUCUUUACGUUCUGAGUUCAAAUUCUGCCAAGGUCAAUUUUUCCUUUCAUCCUUUCCAAGUUGAUAAAAUAAAUAGCAGCUGAGCACCGAGGUUGACCAAAUUGACUUAACCCCUCACUUGAAAUUGCUGGCUUUGUGCCAGAAUUUAAAGCCAUUGUUAUUAUCAUUAUUAUUACUAAGGAAUCGUUAGCAGAAUCGUUAGCAUGCUGGGUAAAAUGCUUAGCGGCGUUUGGUCUGUUUUUUCGUUCUGAGAUCAAAUUCUUCUGAGGUUGAUUUUGCCUUUCAUCCUUUUGGGGUCGAUGAAAUAAGUACCAGUUGAGCACUGGGGUCGAUGUAAUCGACUAGUUUCCCUCCCCCAAAUUUCAGGCCUUGUGCCUAUAGUAGAAAGGAUUAUUAUUAUUAUUACUAGCUGGCCCCAUGCCAUAAAAAAUGACAGUAUUCUAUAUAUAAAUAUGGAUGGUAAAUCAAAUUAAUACACUUGUCAAGGUUAUCUAGUGGUUGUCUUUUGAGAUGUGACAUCAAUCGUCGUUUGUUACUGAAAGAACGCUAGUUCACACAUACAAAUAUUCACAUACUUCCCUUAUACAUGCACACACACCCGGAGGUUUGUACUGUUUGUCAAGUCACAACAUGGACCUCAGACAGACAGUACUUUACGCUGUAUGCGUGCAGUUCCAAUUAAUGCCGACUUUUGCAAUACAUCUAGAUUGUAGGGUGUCUCUAAGGUUUUCACAUUGGGUAGUAUUGAACCCAUUGCUUCGAUGACAAUAGGGAUAACCUUUAUGUUCGACUCUCAUACCUGCCACAUCUUAGCAAUCCCAAUUCUCAAGUCUCCAUAUUUAUCAACUUUUUCUCUUUCUUUCAUGAUGAUAUGUUGAUCUCCUGGCACUGCUACGUCGAUUAUUAGGCACUCUUGUUUGUCUCUCCGGUGCUCUAACACUUUAUUAUUAUUAUUGUUAUUAUUGUUAUUAUUAAGACAGUGAGUUGGCAGAAUUGUUAGCAUGCUGGACAAAAUGUUAGCAGCAUAUCUUCCCUCUUUACAUUCUGAGAUUAAAUUCCGCUGAGGUUGACUUUGCCUUUCAUCCUUUUGGGGUUGAUAAAUUAAGUACCAGUGAAACACUUUGGGUUCAGGUAAUCAACUAGUCCCUUCCCCCAAAAUUUCGGGCCUUGUGCUUUAGUAGAAAGGGUUGGCAAGUGAAACACUGGGGUUGAUGUAAUUGACUAACUCCCUUCCCUGAACUAGCUGACCUUCUGCCAAAAUUUGAAACCAUUAUUAUUACUUCUGCCUUAGCGAAGGCAGAGAUAUUAUUUUCAGUCAGGUUUUUGCUUGUUUGUUUGUCCGUGGACAAGAUAUCUCAAGAACCAGUGGAUGGAUUCGGAUGAAACUUUCAGCAAUGUUUGGCCCUGUGACUGGUAUGAACUGAUUAAAUUUUGGGAUCGAUCUGGUACUGGAAAAGGAUUCUGGAUUAUUUUUCCGUUUUUUUUAAAUUUAAUUUUUGAGAGUGGUUGGGUUCAUCUUUGAUAUUCUUGUUUGUGAAAGCAGUUGAGUUUAUUUCAGAUAGUCUCAUUUUAAAAAUCAUCUCUGGCUAAUUCGUUAGGUGUUUGGGCUCUCUGGGUGCUCUUGUUAUAAUUAUUAUUUCUCCAUGAAAGAAACACAAGUUGUAAAUAGUCAGGUUUAAUUUAUCUUGUUCACUAACGAAGGUGCUGUUUCACUUCAUGAUCUGUCUACAGUCUGUGUCAAUAAGAGAGAAAGUGAGAUAGAGAGAGAAAGAGAGAUAGAGUGUUAUGAGUGCUCCAGCUGGCCAAUUUCACACAUACUAUGUGGAGAUAAAGUUUUCAGUGUUACACCCCCCUCCCUCAUUACCCAUGAUAUAAUUACAAAAACAAAAUUGUUACCACCCAUUUUUAUUUCAUUUCAUUCACUGCUGUAUAAAUUUGUUCAGAUUUAAAAGAAUUUUGCUCUUGAUAUUAAAACCAAAAAAAUAAAAAAUAAAAGACGAAAUAACAUCAAAAACAAAACAAAAAUCAAGACAAUAAAUUUUUAUAUAAUGUUAA